GGCGACCAACUCAGUUGCAAUAUUCGUAGUGUUCGCACAACAGAUUUAAACCUUUUUUCUCAAUCAAAAUGAAAUACUUGGCCGUUAUGCUGUUGCUCUGCACUUUGAUGGGCGCCGCUCUCGCUGGCCUCAGAAAUCCUGUGUGUGGUGAGGAGUUUGGCAAAAUUGGAACUUGCCGCGCUCUGCAAAACAAGUUUACCUAUCGCCGGGACACCAACGAGUGCAUUAGCUUCAACUACAGUGGCUGCCAUGGCAAUAACAAUCUCUUCGACACGAAGAGCAUCUGCGAGAAGACUUGCAAGAUCUAAACUCUAGAGAAAGAAAACGUUGUUGUUUGAUAAUAUAUUUUGAUAGUUCAAUAAAUUGAGUGCUUGUUUUUAUUA